AUGGCCGACGCUAUUGUAUGCCUCGCAAUCCUGGAGACCGGCGAGCGAAAGAAACUUACACUGAGAACAGGUGUACAUCGAGAAGUUGUGGCUGCUCUUUCGGCAAUCACGACGCUUUCAGACAGCACCUUGAUCCAGAUUUACGAUGAAAUCCUGGAGGAUUUUAUUGAUAUGGAGCCGGAAGCCAUCGUCCCCCACAAGGGCAAAGUGAAGCUGGCAAAAAAAUUAGUGCCUGAACCAGACGACCAUGCCAGACCUGCUGUGCAGGAUGCAGACGCUGCCGCCAGCACCAGCACCGUGUGCAGCAGUGACUGCACCAUUCCCAGCACCUCUGGUCUGGAUGGCAUUCCAGAGCGUGUGCCACUGCAAAGUCGCGGCGAUUACUUGCAGUUUGUUCUACCGUCGUUUGGCCCUUACGAGGACAUCUUACGAAGGAAAGUACCCAUAAGUGGCCGAGUUCGACGCGCCAUUACAGAUGGGCUAUUUCAAGCCUGUGUGAAGAUAGCGUGGCUGCCCAGUAAGCUGCUCUAUAGAACGGCAGUGGAGAGACUAAUCACCAAGUAUCCGCACCUAAAGGAUGACAUUGAAGAUCAGAGUGGAAUGGAGUCAUGGGUGCUGGGACUGCGGGCAAAAUUUAAGAACAUGCGAAAGAAGGUCGAGCAUCCUUCUGAGGAAAUGCAGACAGUGAAGCGGAAGGCCCACCACACAGGGACAAAGGUGCCCCCAUCAAAUGCACCUAACAAGAAGUUGUGCCGCCUGUUCGAUUGCAGCCACUUGAUUGUACACGGUGAAACCGUUGAUUCUAUCUCGCUGCACAACGAGUGGCUCCACAAGAAUCCUCACUGCAGGGAUGAGGAGAUGCUGCGACCCAGGCUGCUAGCCACAGCUCAAGAUCGGCACGAGCGCCUAAAAAGCAUGACGCUUGCUGAAGCAUUACUUCUGUACCCAUUUUUGGCAACGGAAGUCUCGCUGCUGGUGGAGUUCGAAACUCUCUUCAAGAGGGCAGCAGCCGACUGCAUUCAAGAUGGCUGCAGUAAAAUGGGGACCGUCAUCCUUGAUCGGGGAAGUCCCGAUGAGGUGGCAACGUUCUCGGAAGUGGCAACUGAGGAACCUGUGCUGGCUGUGCUGGAGUUCGUAGCAGCGCGCUGCAAGGAGCAGCUCGACACCAUCUUCACAACGGAAGCACCACAGCUGACCCCAUCAUUGGUUAGGUCUGAUGGAGCCCUGGACCUCUUUGUGGAUGGCCAGCGGCUCUUCAGUGUGUCGAACUUAUUAGCAGGGAUUGCAUGCCUGUUUUCCUCAUUCUGGGUGUUUCAUAUUGAGUAUCCUAGGAAAGCAUGUAAACAGUUAACAUUCUUGGAACAUGCUUUUUUGAAUCUAAGCCACACAAAGCCACGUGUGAAAGCCCUAGAGCUGAUCAAUUUUUUCAAAGCAUAUAAGCAGUGAUCGAACAGUGGGAAACAUUUGCACUGUCCUGCAGUAUGGUGCAAAGUGUGGGGAUUGAGGAAUGCGCCGUUGCCAUUGUGGUGGCUUCACCUGUUCUGCCAUCCCUACGUUUCCCCCACGGUUCCACUCGCAACAGUUUGCAGUGGGGGCAGGACGCUGACGUCUGGACGCGGCCUUGCUGACUGCCGAGUGUGUCUCUUAUCUCCGGGACCAGUGCAGGGUACGUACAUGAUUUCCUCUCGUCCGCCGACACCUUUGUGACUAGGACUUGAGCUCGUGCGCGGUGCCUUUGCCCGUGCGGGGAGCGCGUACUUUGUGCUAAUCCUUUCCCGACGCUAAGCCGAAGAGCGGUGCCUAGUGCUCGUGUGAGGUCGUGCCACACUUGCUGAAGGAGAUUGCCUGAGCUCUUGCGAGUUGGCCCAUUGGUCAUCACGAGAACAAGUAGCAUAACCGCCAGGACUAUUCCCAACUGCGUGUCCCUGCUUGAGCCUCUGCUUUCGCAGCGAUGUGCUAUAGGUGCUUGUGUCUAUUUUCACUCUUGGUGUGGGACUCCCCCUUUGGUGCCCCGCCUCCCGGGUGUUUGUGCAGUGUUGGUGCCGCCGGAGUCUGUAAACGGUUUCCGUUAACUCAGGGCAAUACCGUGUUCAUGCGUGCGUCGCUCGGUAGCCCCUUGCAGGCUGAGUUCGUGCACAGCGGUGCUGGAGGCGACGGCUGACACGGCCCUGUGGCUCACUAAGCUCGAACCCGCGGUGGUCGGUACUGC